AUGGCGUCUUACGGUUGCAGAAUUCUCGCCAGACCCCUCUUCAACAGAUCAAAGUCUUCUUCUUUCUCACGAUUCUCAUCCGUGAAUACCCGUUUUAUUCCCUCCAGUUCACUCCGUCAGGUUCGUGCAAUGGCGACCAAUUCUGACGUUUCUUCGCCAUUCAAGAAAGUCCAGAUUGAGAGAGAUAACUCGACAUUUGAUGCCUAUGUGAUCGGGAGAGAUGAUGCUCCGGGGAUUGUUGUGCUUCAAGAAUGGUGGGGUGUUGAUUUUGAGAUCAAGAAUCAUGCGCAGAAGAUUGUCGGGUUUGAUAAGGGCUACAAAGCAUUGAUACCAGACUUGUACGGAGGGAGGGUUGGUCUAAACGCUGCUGAAGCUCAACACUUGAUGGAUAGUCUUGACUGGAAAGGCGCGGUGAAGGAUAUUGAAGCCUCUGUCAAGUGGCUCAAGGCAGAAGGUUCUAAGAAGGUUGGUGUUACUGGGUUCUGCAUGGGUAGUGCCCUAGCUAUUGCAAGUUCUGUAUUGGUUCCGGGGAUUGAUGCUGUGGUAUCUUUUUAUGGAGUGCCUUCGCGUGAACUUGCGGACGUCAACAAAGCUGAGGCACCUGUGCAGGCUCACUUUGGUCAACUUGAUACCUUUGUUGGGUUUUCGGAUGUUGAGACUGCAAAGAGUUUACAGUAUGAACUAUGGAGAGCUGGUAAAAAUGAGUUUUUCAUCCGACCAACACCCGGGACCUCCGCCACCGAAACGACUCCAAAGUGGGAAACAGAAGAGUCUCCGGAUCUCAGCCCAAACACCCGGGUCGAGAGACUCUCCCUACGACUAACUCGACCCGGACUGACGGACAUGCUUCCCCCGAAACACCGCAAUAGACAACUCCGAGGGACCGAAGCCAAAACCGCCCACCCCACCACUUCAAACGACACUUGCAACCCAUAG